UUUGCUAAACGGACACCAGACAGUAAAGAACACCAUUAAAAUUAUUCAUAAAAUAAAUCUAAAUAUUCCACAAAUGUUUUCUUCAAAUCGUGGAAUCGUAUAUGGCAUUGUGUUAUUUUCUUCAGUUUGGAUACUUGGUAUCGAAGCUCAACAUCGUGGUAAUUAUUAUGGAUUUGCUCCCCCCUUGCCCACCAUAACUUAUGAUGGUCUGGGGAAUUGUUAUGUGAAUUCGGUUGGAUUGAAGGGCCACUGCGUGCCAUAUCCAAAAUGUUCAAGUGCUGUACAAAAUUGGCAAUACUAUCAGAGAAUGCCAUUCAGUUGUUAUUUUAAUGGUUAUGAGAAUUUUGUUUGCUGCCCUGAGGCAUAUGUUAUAACAACGACAACGCGGUCACCAUUGGUGGGAUUUUAUUCAUCACCAAAUAAUCCAUUUUUACCACCAACUGCUUAUUAUAAUCUACCAGCACAAAGGAGAAGUGAAAAAGAAUGUGAAGCAACUUAUAGCCCCUAUUCCCGUUCGCAUCGCCGUCAUAGACAUAGAAGAUCUUCAAAUAAUAACAGCUCAGAAUCCACAAUCGAUGAAAUGCUGGAACCUGUGGAAGAGGAAAUUAUUCAGAAGGAAACUGCCAUCGAUACAGAGGUGGUGGGAGGUAUUACCACACAUGAGGAUGAAUUUCCUUAUAUGUGUGCCCUGGGCUGGCGUGAAUCCUCAUCUUCCCGGCGUUCGGAAAUCUUAUAUCAUUGUGGCUGUGUGUUAAUUGCCCGAAAAUAUGCUCUAACAGCUGCCCACUGUGCCAACUUUGGGGGGGAACCCCCAAAAAUUGUUCGAAUCGGUGGUGGUGAUUUGGAUGAACGUCGUCAUGUUGAAAUGAUUCGAAUUAGGCGUAUUAUUCAGCAUCCGGAUUAUGAUUCCAAAUAUGCUUACAAUGAUAUAGCAGUGGUUAAGCUGGAGAGAAGUUCCAGGGCAAGGCCUGCAUGUCUUUGGGCCAACGAAGGACUGCCACAAGAAGUUUUGACCGCCAUUGGUUAUGGACAAACAAAGUUUGCUGGUCCCACAUCAAAUAGUUUGCUCAAGGUCCACUUAAAUGUCCUUACAAAUGAGAACUGCAAACCAUAUUAUGAGACAGGUGAUAAAUUACCCAAUGGCUUGGAUGCUGGGCAAAUAUGUGCUGGUGAUCCAAAUGGAAAAAUGGAUACAUGUCAGGGUGACUCAGGUGGUCCCUUGCUGCUGAAUGUGGCCAAAUAUCAAACCUAUGUCCCUUAUGUUGUGGGUUUAACCUCCUUUGGUGAUGGCUGUGCCACAGGUGUACCCAGCAUCUAUACCAGAAUAUAUACUUUCAUUGAAUGGAUCGAAAGUCAAGUAUGGAAGUAAAACCGGCCGAAUUUUAAAACUUAAA